CAAUUCCUCACCAGCCACCAUCCGUGCAACAUCGCCGACAUCGUCCAGCCAAGCCAAGGAGCAGUCAGUCAGUCAUACAAUCGAUACAUCUGCAGAGGCAGAGCCAGCAGGCAGUGUCUUUGUGUGUGUGACUGUGAUUUUUCCUUUCUUUCGUUGGAAAAUUUGGGAAAACUUGAAUCGUGGUUUUAAAAUUUAGGGUUUUCUCGUGCGCAAUUUUGGGAGUUUCCCAAUUUUUGGGGACUUUUUAACCCCCCGUCUAGUGGAGGUGAAAAAAGGAAGGAAAAGCCCAUUUUUCCCCUCCUGCUGCAAGAAGAAGUGAAAGAACAAGCAAAAGUGGUUCACCAAAGUGUUGUGGAAGAAAAUUUAUCGAUUGGGUAUUUCUGUCUGCUGCGCGUUCGACGGUCCCGAUAGGAAAAGUGGGUAAACCCCUUACCUACACAGUCGUUGCAGGGAAAAUUGUUCGUGGAAGCAUGUGGUGAAUUAUCAAAAGUGCGUGUGCAAAAAAGGAAGGAAAAACGACCUUGUCGGUGUACCUUUGGAGGCUUCUCCACCAGAGAGAUUAAAAAUUAAAAGGAUUACUUUGAAGAAAAGCGCCUCCCGUGGAAAAUGAUCUCAUUUAUUGGUUCACUGAACGCCCACUCCAGAAGAAGCAGCAACACUACCCUCGUCAGCAGCAGCAGCGGUCGCGUUUGAUUGAGGAGGGCCCGGAAGAAAAUCGAUAACCGCGGAUUAUCGACUUGGGUGGCGGACAGACGGCAACGGUGACGCGUGUGAGGCCCAUACGUAACAACCCCUCAACCGUGCGCAAGCAAACGGCGGAGCAAAUAUUCGGAAGACGAAACUUCCUUACGAAAAGAAUAAAGAAGGGAUCAGCAUCACCUAGUCGAGAGGUUCAGGACAUCUCUUCGUCAGUACACACUCUCACUACUCUGGUGUGCGUGCUCAGCGAGAGUACCUCCUAGUCGACCGCGGAGUCCUUUUUGCUUCACAACUUCUUCUUCUUCUUCUUUGGUGUGUGACCUGUUUAUCCAGGGAAACCAGCCUUCAUGAUCGGAUCAUUUUGGAAUCUGUGUAGAGCGUGUCCUUCAAUGCCUGUAGAUAAGCUCCAUUCGGAAUAUAGAAGCACCUAUCGAUGGCACGAGUACACCGGGGGUCCCGAGGUCGUCCGCAAGCCACCUGUGCCAAACCAAUUCGCCAGCUCAAAGGCGGACUUUUUCUCUAAAUCAACGGAGGAUGAUAAGUUCAUCGAAGCUUCGAUCAACGAACCGCCCUUGCCGAGACGGAAAAAAUGUCCCGAGCUGGCCUACCGGUCACACGAGUUCAUGUCGAGCCGGGGCCAGGAGCACGCUGGCGGAACCGGUGGCGCCCAGGACAGGCCCGAUGCCGCAACGACUCACUCACGUGCAAGGUCUGAAGAGCGUGGAACACCUUCCCGUCGCAGUAAAUCGGAAGGACCGCCAGGGGUCGCUAACGGACGGCUUCCGACCGGAACCGGAAUCGCUAACGGAACGCACGAGCCGGUCUCGGUCGAGGGCGGCGGCAGGGUGCAGCAACAGGCGGGUGAGUCAAGUGGCCUAUUCAAAAAAACUAUUUACAAAUUGAGCACAGAGUAUCGCCUGCAGUUCGUGUGGCCCCACGUGCGCAGAGCGAUCAAGGGGGCCGCCCCGGAUGGCGAGGAUUCGGCGGCGCCACACGAGCCGCCACCCCGCAAGUCCCUCUCGAUGGGUGCGAUCAAAGCCGCUCAGGCGGCCGCCACUAGCAGCCACGUGCCCACCGUGCACAAAAAACGAACCACGAACGAGCGAGAAGCAAACGCCCACGAACUGGAACCACUGGUGAACGACGUCGAAGCUGAAAGGCCGCAGCACGAAAAACGUGACAUGGCCACCGUCGUGGAGCACAAGCUGAAGGCGUACCGGAGCGACAAGGAAAAGUUCGGCUUCGAGCCGGAACUGGACGGCGGCGGGGACGGGCGGGCCCACGCGGGCUCCGACAGCACCUGGUACAAGGAGGUGAUUGAGCUGCGGAAGAAGGCCGGCGAAUACAAGAGCCGAGGAUGGGGCGUAGAAAUGAAUCCGGAGCUGUUCAACAAGCAGCAGGAGCUGUGGGAACAAGUUUCCCGGAGGAGUUCGCUGAGCGCCCUCUCGUUGGCGUCCAGUGUCAGACCUAUUACCAAGGAGGAGAAGGAAAAGGAGAACAACAAGAAGAGUUCGCCGACGAAGCCUCACGCUGGCGGUCGUGGAAAGUUCCCCGGCAGUGCACGACCCGUUGACAUGGGCCGCACUCUGCCGGACGGGUUGGCCUUCUCUCGUAGCCGCAAGGAUAACGUCCGGCACCAUCUGGAGCGUACUACUGGCGUAGAUAUGGAGGAGGGAGCCCUGCUGCCGUCACCGACGCGGGAGAAGCUGAUGCCGGCCAUUCCUCGCUCCAAGGGGGACAGUCCGCAGCGAGGAAGUCCCCAGAAGACCGGGCUGUCUCGACACGGAAGUCCUCAGAAGGGAAGCCCCCAGAAGAGCAGCCCCAAGAAGACGUCCAACAAAGGACGAUCACAGUCGGUUGGACCGGCCGUAGCUAGCGACGGCAGCACAGUCGGAACCGUUGGUGGAGGUUCGCCGAAACGUCAGAUUCGCUCCGGUAGCACUGCCACUGCCUCGACCGCUUCGUCGGCGGCCAAAGCGCACAACAAGAAAACGCCGACGACCACGGCCACUACGCCAUCCUCCCAGCCGGAACGCCGACCCAGACCAACAACCCUAUCCACCACCACCAAUCAUUCCCGCUCUAAGAGCAACACUCUGCCCCAAAGCAGUGGCGCUCCCAGAGUGCACUCCGCUCCCCCCAGUAGACCCCAACCGGCGACCAACAACAACAACAACAACAUCAACAAUAACAACAACAUGAACAAUAACAGCAACGUUCAGAAUAAUAAUACCAAUAACAAUCAUCUUCCCAAUCAGACUCAGCAAACAUCAUCCACCACCGCCAAAACAAACCAAAAGCCCGACCAAGGCAAUAAUAACAAUUCCAUUCCCAACAAUAAUUACCACCCAUCGCCACCCACUUCCGCCCCCUCCACCAUCACCACCACCACCACUUCGCAACAUCCUUCACGCGCAAAGCUCACGCUCGGUUCCAAGAUUGGCUCACAUCCGCCUCCUCCGCCGAACCGGCCCCGAACGGCCUCGACCACGCGGGCAGCAGAUCCCGGCCAGGCCAGUGCGGCGACGGGUCCGGGUUCGGUGUUGAAAAAGGCUGAACCACCCCGAAAGCUGGCCGUCACUGGCCACGCCAGGCCCAAAUUGGGAACCAAACCAAACCAAGCCGCCGGAACCGAAGAGGACGCCGAAAAGGACAACUGCAUUUCGGUGUCCAGCGCCAGUCCGCUGCCGGCGCCGGAAAUCAACGAGCAGAUCAUCAAGUCACCGCCGGAGCCGACCCGCGUCAAAUCGCCGGAACAGAUCAUCAUGCGCUCGCCCGACCCGGUCAACUGGACCGUCCCGCUGGACACGGGCAAGACCUUCACCGUGACACAGAACGUGAGAGAAGGUGAGUGUCCGCCAGGUGAGGACGGGUCGCAGAUUCUUCCGGUGGCCGCGGCGGGUGAUCCUAUGAUGCGACCUCAUAGCGAAAUCAAAGCUUCAACUCCGGUGGAACCUCCACCAGCACCACAAUCAGCACCGCCAGAGCUUGCCGAACAAUCGAAAAUGCCUAGCAGCAAACUCGAACCGGACUCCAUCAAGGAAUCUGAAGACGAAGAGGACGAAGACUUGCUGAAGUCAAAAUCUUCGGUCACCUCGUCGGCCAAUCCGGUAUCGGUGGCCAUUCCGGUCACGUCGGCUGUGGGGCCAGCUUCGACUACUGCAGCAUCAGCUGCUCCUUCAGCGGCAGAAACUACAACGACCAAGGCUCCCGCCACAGCCGAACCAGCACAAAGCACUCCGGCUCCGGAAGUUCCCCGCUUCGAUAAACCGGUUCCGGGAUCGACCCUGCGCUGCCUGGACGACCCGACGUUCGAUACGGCGGAUAUCAACUCGCCGGUAACGAACCGGAACGUCGCCUCGGACGUGCUGGACAAGGCCCGGGACCGGUUCGAUCGCUUCUGGGGCAACCCGGACGGCUCCAAGCCGGACGAGCCUUAAAUCGGAGAUACAUGGUCUAUGAGCUUGUUUUAAAAUCUAAAGUCGUCGUGGAUUUUGUAGGGUAGUUUUCUCAAGCAUUCCUCUACUUGGCCGCUUGCUGUAGAGCACAGCCAAAGUUCUGAACGAAAAUCGCGUGGAUAGAUCAAUGGUUUUCAACACAUUCUGCUUGCAAAGUCUGGAGUUCGUUCCCCCUUUCCCUAUAAUCUGGAAGAUUCAUCUGGCACAUUGAAAGGUUUGACGUCUUUUCUCUAGAAACAAACAAAGUUCAGCGAAACGAAGAAGAAACCACUUGGACUAGUUAAGCUACACUCAAUAUAUUUAUCAUAAACCAUCGUGACAGGGUAGUCUUAGGAUGUUAAACUUAUACCUUUGAGCAUUAAGUUUUUUUUUCCUGAUGAAAAGAACAAAACUAAAAAUCCUUGAAAAGGAUACCGUCGAGAUUUCUCUUACACUGCACAAGCAUGCACACCACACUAAGACAGGUAACGAACAACAACAACAACUACAAAACUCACACUCUGUAUUGCAUCCACUCACCUACCUGCGUUCAUCUUGUUAUCUAAUGUUUAGAAACACACGGGUGGAGCAACAGCAGCAGCAGCAACAGCAAUGGGGCAUUGUCUAGUGAUUUUUUUAAAAUCCAUCGUUAGCAUACCCUUCCUGUACGAUCUUGAAAAUAUAGAAAAUUUAAAAAUGAACUAAUUAAGAUCAUAACGCGAAAAUGAACGAGAAAUAGGCAGAGUUCAGAGCAGAUGGCGCGCACUCCAAAUGUCUUACUUGCAUGGAAGUCUUGAAUGCAACUUGGACGCAAGUCUCAUUGUUUGCAUGCAACUUUGUACGCAACAGACACAUUGAGUGCUGAAUAUCUUUAUAAUUCAAAACAAUAUAGAAAUGUAAUCAUCUAUUUCUGUCCAAUAAUAGAUCCCAAAAAAAGCUAAGAAAGAAUUAAAAUUGUGACAUUUUUUUCUAUUAGACCAGGCCUGCCCAAUCUUUUCGGCUCAAUUUUCACAUUUUUGAUCGUCAAAAUUACAAUUGUUCAUUUUUUCAUGGUUUCUUUGAUGAAAUCGGUUCUCAGAUGACCAGUGAACAUAACUUUGAUAAAAGUUUGAAAAAAUAUGAUUGUAGGUUGUUUUUAUGUAAGUUUUAAUUGAAAAAUUGGUCCGGCCCGCGGGCCGGAUUGAUUUUUGACGUAAAAUGUAGAUAAAAACGACUUGUAUAAAUAUUUUUUCAAACUUUUGGAUAAGUUAUGUUCACUGGUCAUCUGAGAACCGAUUCCAUCAAAGAAACCAUGAAAAAAUGAACAAUUGUAAUUUUGACGAUCAAAAAUGUGAAAAUUGAGCCGAAAAGGUUGGGCAGGCCUGUAUUAGACUGAUUCUGAGCCCUUCCAAGAAGGCCCAAGUAACUUCAAAUAGAUUUUUUCAGCAAAAAGUUUGCCAAGAGUUAACUUGACUCCACUUCUUAAUUGCUGGAGGGGGGUAAAUUUCUUUUUUAAGUGGAAGUGUACCCAUUUCGGAGGAGAAAAUCAGGCGUAAUUAAGGACUUCGAUGGAAGUAGGUCUGCGCGUGUUGGUGUGUCAUCCAGAAGAACUCAAUGAAGCAAAUUAACGUGACCUAUUUUGCAGCAAAGCCUUUUUCCGACGCCACUUAGAACGAUUACUUCGGUGGCACGCUCGUUAUACCAAUCAAACAACUGGAGAAAAAGUGAAACGGUCUUGUGUGAAUUGGUACAUUGAAAGUAUUUUUUUCAUUUGUUUACUGUUUAUUUUGAUUAAAUAAACAACUGUGUUAAUUUUAUCUCUCUGAUCAACAAUUCUUUAUAAUUUGAAAUAGAUAAUGAAGCCAUGGUAAUGGUAAUGGUGGUAAUGAGCAUACCUUAUUAGAUUUCAAAGGGAUCAAUUGAAAUUUUAAUUAUUUUUCUUCAGAUUUGCAUACAUUUUAGAUUGUUUUUAAAUUUACACAAGACUGCUGCAACGAAAUAUUUCAAGUACAGAUCACAGAAAUGAGAACACAUUACAGAUAGAUAUUUGUUUUUCAGACUACAACAUCAUCCGUCUACAUUAUACAUCGCUUUUUGCCGAAAACUUUUUUGCAUUUCCUUGAUUUGAUCUUGCAGCAAGGAGCUCGUCACAGUUUUAUACAUCAAUCAAAUAAUACACAAACGCAGGAUAUUCACAGCAAAAAAUAGAAAACAAAAACAUGUCGAUUUUGGCCCAGAUUAAAUCACCUUUGCGUCGUCCUUUGCGCGGGUUUAGAUAGGUCAGGAUUCCAACCAAUUGCAGCACAGAUUUCUACAACAAUUCUAGCAGAAAAGUAAUGAAUGCAAAAAAAAAGAACAUCCACCAAAACGCAAACAGUACAUUAAAUCACAGGAAAAAAGGUCUAGAGUAAACUGAAAAUGGCCCGUCCAUUUUUCGAGUGUCAUUUUUUGGGGCAACCACAUACAUCACACAAAUUCAGUUCCAAGUCUUACAGCAAAACGCCAGAUUUACAAAAGAAGCAACAUAAAAUACAUACAAUACAAAACAGAAAACCGCUUUUCGUCCUCGUUUAUACGCGUGAGUUAGAAAAAAAAACAAAACGUUUUCGAAGGCAGUUUUCCCCCCAGGUAAAAUCUCGAAAAACGUGUAUAUUUUCCGGCAAACGUUUAGGAUUUAGUGCAUAUCGUAGCGAAAAAUAUUUCUAGCAACACGCUUUUUGUGUGAGACGAUUUGUCCUUUUCGGUCCACCAAAAUGUAGAGGGUAAUUUGGAAAACAAAACAGAUAAACCGCGCCAGUUUAGCUUUUUCGGAAAAUCUUUUUAAAUUGUUUUUUUCAACAGCAUAAAGAAUAUUUCAUCGUAAAGAAUUUUAAAAUUGACAUCAUGAACUAACAAGCAUCACUUGACAUGUUAAAAACGGUUGAGAUGUUAUAGUUUUUUACUUUCAUUUGUUUAUUUUGUUUCAAAUAAAAAAAUAUUAAUUUUCAAUUACUACUAAAACCCAUUAAACAUUACACAGUCAUCCAUUAAAGUUAAGGACAAAUCGUUAGUUAGAGAGGCUAAAUCUUGAGAAUAUUUCAGAUCAGAAAAGAAGAAAACGCUGAAAUAACUCUGUAACCGAAAAUGGUGGAAAAAUCGCUAAAAUCACUGCUAUAAAGUCAAAAUGGGCUAACUCUCAUUGCACUUUCGCAUCCUCACAGCAAAUUAGCUGACAGAAUAAAUCAUUCCACAACUUGGGUCAAUAAAAGAAACACAUACGAUUGUGCAAGAGAACAGGAUAUUUUAAAUACUCACUAGAAAAAGGGGCAAAAACGACUAUUGGAGGGAUUAAAAUCAAUGUGAGAAAUCCUAUUCAAAAUGGUUACAGAAGUAAACAAAAAAAAUCCAUUAUUUAAAGGAAAAAAACACACACACACAGCAUUUACAUGUUACUUAACGAAAAUUAAAUCAAGUAAGAAAAAAAAAAACAAAUUUAACCUGUUGUUCGUCACUAGUAUUAAUAUUAUAUUGCAAAAACAGACAAGAAAUGAAACUUGAGAGAGAAAAAAAACACAUAACUUGCUUACAAAAACACGCAAAUAAAUAAACUUAGUUUCCGCUUUGUGAUAUUGGAGAGACAACUGUUUUGUUAAACUCGCGCAUUACGUAGCAGGAAAUGAUGCAAAAUAUUACAAUUUUAGGUAAGAAGAGGGGCGAGACUGUGAGAUUGUGAAUUGAGUGGAAAUCGAAAAUGGCUAAAAAAAAAAACUACACACCUUAUUUACAACACUUGACACAGUUUAGAAUGAGGCAAGGGCAGAUCUGUAGGUUCAACUCUACUGAAAUAAACAACUAUUGAUUAGUUUUGUUAAUCAAAGUAUCUUUAAAAGUCUCACAGGCUAAAUAAUUUAGUAAAAACACUGUAUUCAUAAUCAAAACCAGUGCUUGAUAAACCAAUUAAAAAUUGUUGCAGAGAUCACGAGAAAAUUAAGCUUAUUCAACGAUUUUGUUUCAAAUAUUUUACCAAACUUUUAUGAGGAGCCACUUUUAUUUCACCCCACGCAAACAUAAUUUCAUCAAACCAAAACUUUUAUAAAAAAAAACAAUGUUUUGAAACCAUUCAGUGAAAUUGUAGUUGUGAGACGAAUGAGCAAGCAACCAAAGGAUAUGGGAUCUAGUUUGUGAUCGCAAAAAGAAAACACAUUUUUAUGAGAUUUUAUAGACUUUUAUUACUAGUUGUACGAGAUUUGAUUCUAAUAGAAAGUUAAAACAAAUUGAUGAACCUGAACCCCACUAAAGUGAAUUGGCAUUCAUUUACUUUUCGAGUUUUGAUUUUCCUUACGAGUAGGUACAAUGAUUUUAAAAGUGAACAAUAAAUUUGCAACUGCUCGGAAGCGCUGAAAAAAUAAGUAACAUAUUACAAACUGUAUCGAAGUGAAGGAUAAAGUGGAACGAUAACGAGUGAACUUUUGAAGAAUUGUGGAAGCAUGAUACGAACAUGAAGACGAGAGGAAAAACUCACAUUUAUUCUGGAAAUCAUUUUCAGUUACUUCAAUAAUUUAUAUACUAAACUAAACUACUUACUACAGAAGAAAAUCAUCGCGAGAAAAAAAAUCGCUGAAAUAAAAUAGAUUGGAAAAUCGAGCAAAA